AUGUUUAUCUGGGGGUUUAUUGUAUUGAUCGGAUAUUUCUCCUUGAAUAUUGUUUAUUGUCAAGAUAAUGCGGCAUUAACAGAGCCUGAACCACGUCAAAAUCUUGUUGAAACGGUCACUGCAACUAUUGAAGUUAUUGAUAAUCCUUCACCAAUAGCUAUUAAUGCUACAAAUACAUUAGUCGAGAAACAAGAAGUAGUUACGGAAGCUGUUCCAACAACUACUCCAAUACCAGAAGUAUUCUCUUGUUAUGAAUGUACAAAUUGCAGUUUAAAAUCUAAUUUACCUACUAUUAUUUGUGGCGAAGGCAUUAAUCAGUGCUAUAAAAUAGAACAACAUAUUGGCAAUAGCAGUCUCAUGAUACAUCGUGGUUGUUCAACAACAAAAGACCAAUGUAUAGCACCUAUGAGUGGUCAAUCAAAUUUAGUCGAAAGUACAACAUGCUGUCCAACCCCUAAAUGUAAUCAAGCAACUCAAUUUCUACCAUUGUUAUUUCUUUCAACAUUAUCUCUAUUCACUAUUCUGAUUAAUAUCCUUAAUAUCUAA